AUGCUGCGCCUGCUGGCGCAGCGCGGCUCUUGGGCCGCGCUGCAGGCAGCAGCGGGGCCAGCGCUGCCGCGCGCACUGCAACUGGCGAAGCGCCUCACCGCGUCGUGGGCGGGGCCGUUUGGGGACUCGUCGCCGCAGCGCAACCAGCCGGAGAACCAGACGCAGUCGGAGAAGGCGGCCGUGUCGCAUUUCGUGUCGGAGGCCAUGGAGAUGCUGGACAUGAGCCCCGGACUGCAGCGCGCGAUCCUCAACCCAGACCGCAGCCUCUCGGUGGAGCUCAUGGUGCCCAUGGACAACGGCGGCGUCGAGAUCAUCAUGGCCCACAGGGUGCAGCACAACAACAGCCGGGGGCCCUACAAGGGCGGCUUCAAGUACCACCCGGAGGCUGACCUGGCGGACACAGAGGCGUGA